UUCACAACAGAGGGACGGGGGCUAGUUACAAAACAUUUCUACCGUGUGGCGCCAAUUAUUCUCCUAGACUUCCAAUUAUCAUCUCAAGGACGAGCUGAGGGCUGUGCAGGUACUACCUGUUCGCAUUUUUCUCGAAGAAAAAGCUCGUGUAUCGUUGUACGCGUCCUAAUAUGUCGACAAGAGGAAUAAAACGCGAAGCUGUCGUGAAGGCACAACCAUCUGAAAGGACCCCUGUGAAUUUCGAGGAAGCGGUUCGACGAUCAUCUCGAAAGGCCUUGGUACCUAAACGCAUUCUAUACUCUCCUGAGGACAGCACAGCUGAACCGCCCAAGAGGAAACGGCAAACAAAAACGCACGAUGACAAAAACGCCCAGAAUAAGGCACUGGACCUGAAGGAGGAGGAGGAUGCAGAAACAAGUGAUGUGGAGCUUGCAAUUAGUGCAUAUGGAGGACUUUCGGCAUAUGAACUGGAGCGACUGGAGAACAUCCGACAGAACCAGGCGUUCCUGUCGUCCAUCAACCUAUUCCAGGCCAGCGAGGAGCUCAAGCAGUUGACACGGCCAAAGGCAUCGCAGAGGGGUCUCAUGAGGUCACAGGCUUCUGCAAAAGAAGUGUUGCCCGCUCGCAAAUCCCUUCGUCUCCAAAAUAAAGAGGCAGAGGUCUUGACACUUCCCCCUGAGCCCAGGGGGACGCUGAUCUAUGAACAGUCUACGCCAGCCAAGAAGCCUCCUGGCCCUAUGCCCAUGGCUCCAGUCAACAUGGAAGAGGGAAGCAAGCUACCUUCACAACUUCUUAAGCUCUGCUCUGAGGAAUCAACAGAAGAAAGAAAGGUGGAGCUUGAUCUGAAAGAGUACAGAUCCACCCUUAAGAACAUGAGGAUAACUGAGGAAAGAGUGGCCAAAGUAGUGAAGGAUCGCAUCUUCUCUGCUGCUUUUCACCCCUGCACCAGCACCCUUCUGAUGGCUGCAGGAGACAAGUGGGGGAAAGUUGGCCUCUGGAAGUUGGGUGGCGAUUGGGGGGAUGAUGGUGUGCUGCUUUUUGAGCCUCACACUCGUCCAGUGGGCUGCAUGGCGUUCUCCAGAGCUCAUGCCACCCACCUGCUGAGUCUCAGCUAUGAUGGAUCUCUGCGCUGCAUGGAUGUAGAGAAGGCUGUAUUUGAUGAUGUGUAUGAUAUUGACGACGGCCUGAAAACCUUUGACUUUAUGUCACAUGACUGUUUGACACUAGUCGUUGGGAACUGGUAUGGAGAAGUUGCCAUCGUCGACAGGCGCACCCCAGGAAACACUCACGAAUCCCUCCACUCAUUGGACCCAAAGACUCUACGUUGUGUUAGCGUCCACCCUUUACAGAAGCAGUAUUUUGCUGUGGCAGAAAGCAGGGUAGUGAAUAUUUACGACAGCAGAUACUUGAAGACCAAAAGCAAGGCAGUCUCCCAGCUGCAUGGCCACUCUUUAAGCAUAUCGAGCGCUCAUUUCUCCCCUUGCACGGGGAACAGAGUUCUCACUUCCUGUAUGGAUAACCACAUAAGGAUAUAUGACACAUCUGCAAUGACUACAAAAUCUCCCUUGCUGACAAGCAUCAGACAUGACAUGCAAACAGGCCGCUGGCUGAGUAAACUGUCAGCAGUGUGGGACCCCAAACAGGAAGACUGCUUUGUGGUGGGAAGCAUGUUGAAGCCUCGGAGGGUACAGGUUUUCCACGAAAGUGGCCAGCCCCAGCACUCCUUCAUGGAUGACGAGAACCUUAACACAGUGCUGUCCGUCACUGCUUUCCACCCCACAAGAAACGCCUUACUGGGGGGCAAUGCGUCAGGGCGUCUGCAUGUCUUCUCUGGCUAAAAUAAAGACCAAAUCAUGGAUGACAUGCACUUCUGGUUGCCUUCAGCAGGGUAGAAGAACAUGUAAGAAUAUAGUUCAUCUCAGUAAGGGUGUAAAUAUCUGUGCUGGAAGCAAGUUGUGACAAUAUUGUCUCUUGCUUGUUCCCCUCUUUAGAUUUUAAUACAGUAUUUUCAUAAUUCUCAUACUUUAGAUAAGUAACAUACCUUUAAUUUAAAUAUCAACUUACACUCUUUAAGUCACCAUUCAUGUUCAUAGAGAUACUACACUCAGAGGUACAGUAUAAACAUUCAUACCCCGUGAGUUAAUGCAGUGUCACUAGCAAAGUAUGAGAAUUUUCUUCCUAAUUAUUCACAACAAAAUACCCGUUUAUUGCUACACAGGGUAAGUAGUGUCAGAGAGAAGUUGUAUUUGAGGAUCGUCAAGCUGUGAUGCAAAGCUGCUCUUGUUACAUAGGCAGUGAAAUGCAUCAUUUGCAAAAUUUGGUACCAUGUCUAUAUAAAAAUAUAUUUAUCCCUCAGACUUGUUCAGAUCACAUCUCUUCCCCACUCUGAUAUCUAGUUAGAACAACAACCGAACCUCUUGGCCACGUCUGCGUGCUUUGACGCAUUGAUUUGCAGCUGCAUGAUUGGCUAAUUACCUAUUUGCAUUAACAAGGAGGUAUAUUUACCCCUGUCGGCCUUCAGUCUACUUGGUGGUUGGGUCUGUAUGAGCUUACAUGAGGACACUGUACUCUUGUCCAUUCUUUGCAAAACUGCUUAAGUUCUUUGAAGUUUCAUGAGGACUGUGGGUGAACAGUGUUCUACCACAAAUUUUGGACUGAGGUCUGGACUCGAGGGUCAUUACUGUGUUUUGAAGCCACUCCUGUGUAGAUUUGACUUCAUAUUUGGGUUUGUUGUCUUGCUAGAAAAUAAAUUUCAAAUCACAGUUCUCUUGCAGAUGGCAGCAAGGUUUUCCUCAGUUAUAUACCUGUGCUUUCCUGCAUUCAUUUUACCCUCUCCCCUCAACAAGCUGUCAGACUACUAAUAAAGUAGCCUGCCCACAGCAUGAUGCUGCCACUGCCAACCUUCAUGGUGCAGAGGAUGUGUUAAUCCUCCUUUGCAAUGUUUGUACAAUGGCUAAAAAAAAAUUAAUUUUUGGAUCAAAUUUGGCAGAUUUACAGCUGUGCUUGUUUCCUCCUUCCUUAUGCUGCUGUAGGGGGUAUUAAGUGCCUUGGAAAUUAUCUUGACUUCUCCCGAUUGGAACUUUUCAAUAUGUUUUCUCAGAUAUGUCACAUUUGCCUUUUUUUUUUUUUUUUUUUAAGGAAAAAAAGUUUUUAGUCAACCUAAUAUAGGUCAGUUCAUGGAGAGAUGUCCACUUUAAGAUUAGACCCCCCCCGUUAAGCAGUAACUCCAUUACUGACAUCCAGUUGGAUUCAAAAUAAAAAGUGAAAAUGCAAUGGUUAGAAAUCAUUAUACAGGCACUAAAGGCAACCAGUGAUUAAACGUGGGCAUUUGGGGGUAUGUGUUGUUGACUCUGCUCUUUACUUUUCUGUUAUCAUAUUUGCUAUUUUUUUAUUCUCCAAAUGUCUUACAGAACCCAAGCAAGUUCUAAAAUGGGUUCCCUCUAUAUUGUUUGCUUUUUUGUGGCGCAGUGGAUUUGUAGGGGCAACAUUAUUUUGACUCUGAAAGGCGCCUGUUUGUAAAGUUGACUAUGUUCAUUUCAUGUUUUUUAUAUGUGGCUUCUGAAGCAAAUAGAACAAAUAAAUACAGAGACAUUUUUA